GCCCCCCUGGCGGCGCCUCCAGCGCCACCUUUGGCGCGCUUCGAGCGCCAUUAGAGGGAGGUCCAGCCCCGACCCAAGAAAUCUGGGCGGACCUCGCAAUGUGUUGUUCCUCUAGUCGAGGUUCGAGGACACUGGAGGCUCAAGGUCGCCACAGAUGUUAGGGAUGUCAAGCGAGGAUCCCGACCAGAUGAUUUUCAAUUCCAGGCGGUCAUAAGACAACGUGGGAGGACAAGAGGUGGAGCUCAGCACUGCACUGCUUCCGCGAGGCAUCCCAACAAUGUGCGAAAACCAGCCCAAGUCGAUACAUUGCGAUUGCUAGCGCACGUGGAAAAAGGCGAGGAGUAGCAGUAUGUGAUGUCACUGCUCAGCGAGUUGGUUGAAGCGACGGUGAGUCCCAACGUCAUCAGCUAUAACGCGGGGAUCAUUGCAUGUAAGAGACUCAGGCAGUGGCAGGGGGCACUAUCUCUACUUAGCGAGAUGCGGGAGGUGAAAACGGAACCCAAUGUCAUCUCUAAUACAUUGCAGGGGCAUGCGCGUGCGAGAAGGAGGUGCAUUCGACGGAGUGUGGACCCCAACCACCGGCCAGGCGCCGGCGGCGCGCUGCGCGCCACCGUCACCGUCGUCGUCGCUGCCACUCCCAACGUCCAAAACGGGGCGCUGCUGGAGAACGGGCUCACGCCGUCCGACACCGUGGACGGCCUGGCGCACAGAAUUUCCGGACGUCGUCGCCGUCGGCCGCCUCUGCGACAGGCCCAAAAGAAGGCCCAGGAGGCGCUGCACUGCGAGAUGUGGAAAGCCAAGCUGGAGCCCGACGCCAUCAUGAUUGCCUUUCGGCCCUGCAGCCGCACCCCCCCGCGCUUGCCCAGAGACCCCUCGCCACGUCGAGCUGAUGUCGUGGACGGAGUCCACAGGUCUGCCCUAGUCAGCUACAACGCUGGGAUCAGCGCGUGCGAGAAGGGCAAGCAGUGGCAGCCUGCGCUGGCGCUGCUGAGCGAGAUGCGGGAAGUGAAGCUGGAGCCC